UUUGAGUUCUUUGUGUUUACAAUAAGCACUCCCGUGUUGUUUUACGGUCGUGUAUAUAGCGAUUUUGCAUCGUUUAUCCGUAUGCCACUUUUAGAGGACAUCGACGUAGGCUCGGCGGAACCGACAUCCAGCGGUGUAUCAUUCCCACGAGAAAUAUCACGUAUCGGUGCUGAGGAUAUCAGUUAUGAUGAGUUUUUCAGCCGCUUUAUGCAAACCAACACAGCUGUUAUAAUUACUUCCGUAGCUGACAGCUGGGAGUGCUUUCAACGGUGGGUUCUGCGAGAUGAUACUGAAAUCGAUAAAGUAGACGUGAGUUACUUAAAGGCGCGUAUCGGCAAUGUGAUCGUUCCGGUGGCGGACUGUGGAAAGCAAUACUACAAUGCGCACGAGAAACAGGAAAUGAAGUUUCACGAUUUUUUGGAUUAUUGGAACACGUUUAGGGAUAGUGAUAACAGCUCGCUUUAUCUCAAAGAUUGGCAUUUGCGCAGUCAGCUGCCGGAGUACAAAUUCUAUCAAACGCCGAUGUUCUUUGCAUCUGAUUGGCUUAACGAGUUCCUGCUGGAUCGGAAACGAGAUGACUACAUGUUUGUUUACAUGGGGCCCAAGGGCACAUGGACCUCCUUUCAUGCAGAUGUAUUUUCUUCGUAUAGUUGGUCAACAAAUAUAAGCGGAGAGAAGAAGUGGUUGCUUCUGCCACCGGGAGAGGAAGUUAAAUUGCACGAUUCGCUAGUGUUUCAAACGGCAGGAGAGGCAUUAUUUGUUCCCAGUGGAUGGUUUCAUCAGGUGCAUAAUGUGCAAAAUUCCAUUUCGGUUAAUCACAACUGGUUCAAUGGGACUAACAUUUCUCGGAUUUGGCUUAGUUUAGACGAGGCUUUAGAUAAGGUAGUAAAGGAAAUUGAAGACUGCAGAAGUAUGGAAAACUUUGACGAGCACUGUCAACUGAUGUUAAAAGCUUCUUAUGGGAUGAAUUUUUCCGAGUUUUUGGAAAUUAUAUCACAUGUGUGCACCAAACGUAUUCUCACAUACGCAGUGCAAGCAAAUGUAGUGCACUUUGACAGGUACCGUCUUGGGAGGAAACAUGUUCGAUUUGAUAUAGAAUCAAUUCAAAAUGUUUUGAACCUGAUGCUAGCGAGGACAAAUCUGUUUGACAGGUUGCAAUUGUUGUCUAAAUUAGAAGAAUGUAUUAAGUCAAUAAACGAAAUUCUUUAAUGUU